AUGGCCUCCAACAUCCUGUUCCUCCCGUUUCGACGGUCACACUCGGUGAAUCUGACCGACGCCAUCAAACAGUACAUAUCUUCCAAAUAUGACCAACAUCCAGACAUGUUUACAAAGGACCUGGAGACAAUUGAGAAGCUUCGUUCCGUCGCCGUACACGCCCAAGAACCCCAUCCGAGCAACAUCCCCAAGUUGCAGCAGUACGCUGCACAGUUGAUAUGGCUGAGCGGCAAGUUUCCCAUCGAUAUCGGCGUCGAGUUUCCCUGGUACCCUGCGCUGGGUUACAACACGAGCAGACCGACGUCGCGAAAUAACCUGCGCUUCGAGCUCGCCAACAUCAUGUUCAACCUCGCGGCCAUGUACUCGCAGCUCGCCAUGUCGUCGAACCGAAGCACCCCAGACGGGCUGAAAGCAGCGGCCAACAACUUCUGCCUCGGCGCUGGAGUAUUGUCACAUCUGAGGAAUAGCAUUCUGCCAGAGCUGCGUACAGACCCACCAGAGGACAUGGAUAUCAUGACAUUGGAGUGCUUGGAGAAGCUCCUGUUGGCCCAGGGCCAGGAGUGUUUCUGGCAAAAGGCCGUCAAGGAUGGGCUAAAGGAUGCCACCAUUGCGAAACUAGCCGCACGCGUAUCCGACUUGUAUAACGAGGCAGGCGAUGCGGGAAUACAAUCAGACGCAAUCAGCAGCGAGUGGAUACACCAUAUGACAGCCAAGCACCACCACUUUGCUGCUGCUGCCCAGUACCGCGCCGCUUGCGACACGUUGGAGAAGCGCAAGUACGGCGAAGAGGUUGCAAGACUACGCGAUAGUCUUACUUGCGUGAAUGAAGCACUCAAGGAACAACGGUACAUCAACAAGCUCGUGCUUGCAGAUUUGAAUGGCCUAAAGAACCGCAUAACGGAAGACCUGAAACGGGCGGAGAAGGACAAUGACAUGAUCUACCUAUUACCCGUACCACCCAAGGCAGAGCUAAAGAUUCUGGAUCGGGCCAACAUGGUCGUAGCAAGGGUUCCAAAGGAAAUUGCCGAGUCAAACUCAAUGCUCGGGGAGCGUGGUGAGCUUGGCCCUGCACUAUUCUCGAAACUAGUCCCAUACUCUGUACAUCUGGCAGCUAGCAUAUACGUGGACCGUCGUGACCGCUUAGUCAACAACACCAUUGUUGAACAGCUGGAAGCGCUUACCAACAAGAUACACGAGGUACUCCGCAGCUUGAACCUGCCUGGUUCACUGCAGGCCCUUGAAAAGCCACUGGGUCUUCCGCCAGGUCUCGUAGCCCACGCGGAUGAGAUUCGCCAACAAGAUGGUAUCAACCGGCUACUACGCUCAAUGGAGGAUACAAAGAAGCUCAUGUACACCGAUCAGGCCAUCUACCAAGAGGGCGUACAAAUUUUGAGAUCAGAAGCGGCAGAAGACGAAGGCGCACGACGCAAAUUCGGCACCGAGCGUUGGACAAGACCCCCUGCUGAACAAGCUGCGCCUAAGUUGUAUGCUCAGAUUCAAGAGAUUGACGGUUAUUUCAGAGCUGCUACCAACAGCGAUGACAUUCUAGAUCCGGAACUACUACGUGAAGCUGCCCGUUUAGAGCGAGAAUUUCCCAUGCAGACAAUCGAAGCUGUGCAGUUUGAGUCCCUUUUCGACAAGCGGCUGCAGAUGUACGAUGCCGACCAAGACAUGGUCCACGACGAAGAGAAGGAGCAAGAAGCCGCCAUCAAGCGACUACAAGAUGCAAACGCCGCCUUCUUAAUCGCCCGCCGCGGCGACCAAUCCACCAAGAAGCGCGAACAAGCAUUACAGAACCUGGAGAAUGCAUACUUCAAGUACAAGGAAAUCAUCUCCAACCUCGACGUCGGCCGAAAGUUCUACAACGAUCUCGCCAAAAUCGUCAACAGAUUCCGGGAUGAAGCCCGCACUUUUGCCUACAAUCGCAAGUCGGAGGCUUCACAUCUUGAAAACGAUCUCUCCACCCGAAUGAGCUCCCUCGGUCUCCAACAAGCUACAUCGGAUUCCCUCCACCAGCAGAAACAGGCAGAUGCGCAGAACCCAAACUACGGCGCUACUGCACAUGCAGAAGAACCACUAGCUGCCCCGACGCCUACGAGAGCGAAUAUGCCGCCUCCAGCUGGUAUGUGGACGCCGGAAGUUGGUAUCCGGUUCAGUGGCGUGCCUACGACGUCUGGUAAUGCGAGACCUGCGGCUGGUCCUCCUCAGGAUGGACGGUGGGAUCCUGCCCAAGGGUUGAAGUUUGGGUAG